AUGGACGUCCUGCGCGGCCGGACGCAACCGUCCGAGGGUGCGGCGCUGGCGUCGGGCGCGACCGGUGUGGUGCGCGAGCCCGUCACUUGGGAGCGUCACCGUGUCACGUCAUGGUCCCCAGGUGCGAGCGGGCUUCGGCGUGAGGCAAUCGGACGCCGGCGCGUGGACCCCAAACUUGCCUCCAACCCGCCGCGCGGAUGUGCCUUGAACAGACUACGUGAGACUAAUCCGUACGUUGAUGAGAUACGCUUGCCGGCGCGGUCAUCACACCCGGUACACGGCACACCCGUGACCUCGAGGGAGCGAGUUUUCACGGGUACACUCAGUCGAGAACUUGAACUUUCAAAUGGCAACGUGGAUCACAUGAGACCUAGUAAAAACUUGGCUACACUUGUGCCCACUGCCAUCCGGUGCACAUACCGCCGCGCGCGUCGUCGUGGACACAGCACACAGGACUAUGAACCACGGCGCACACAACACAUCAGAACCGCGUUCAACGUUAACCCUUCCACUUCGCCCACAUUCUCCGCUCGUCACGUGUCCUACCUCCAGCCUAUUGACUAUCCUACCGUCUACGAGGUGGACAAGCCGAAUCAACGCACCAUUCACAAUAUGGCCUCGGUUGAAGACGCCUGCAGCGGCGAAGCAUAUAGUGAAGCCGAACCACUGUGGCACGGCAACAAACAGUUCGAAGAUUGGCAGCCGGUGCCCAUCCUAGAGCCCGAGCUGUACUAUCUAGAGGCCGAUCGCGACAAGCGCACACGCAAACCUCCCAUCUUCCGGUAUGCGUGGAAGACAACUCGCACUCAUUUGAUGUCCGUAAUGCUUGCGAAAUUCCUCAAACAUGUCAUGAAGGUUAGGGUCAGCAAGAACAACAACCUGCAGGGCCAGAAUGAACACCAUCACGACUUCGUCCGGCUUCCAGACACCCCAUUGGACGGCAUGUGCGCCAGCCUCGUGAGCACCUUCCACGAAGGGAAUAUACGUAACGCUAUUUGCGAAGCUAUUGGUGUGUCGGACGAACAGACGGAUUUGUUGGAUGUGAGAAUGGUCCACUGCAUAGUCGGCCCCGAUGGCGUUGAACCAGACCCAUGGGUUCUGCAAGUUGGGACGAACUACCGCGGUAUUAUUCCGAAGAACUGCAUUGAAGCCCUCAAGGAUUUGUUCGCCAUGGAGGGGGAUCCCUUAUGGCACCUCGAUAUGGUUGUGCGUUCCUGGCAGCAGGUUGAUAUGAAGCCACAAGCCUCAGACGACUUCUUCUGA